CAACACUGCAAACAGCUUCUACAGUCAUGACCCGGUCAGAGGGCAGAAGUCAGUAGUACGUGGGUCGGUAAGAAGGAAUGUAAAUGUCUGAGGACAAGGAAGCCCAGGAGGAUGAGCUGCUUGCUUUAGCAAGUAUCUAUGAUGAGGAAGAGUUCCGCCAAGCAGAGUCGGCACAGGGGGGAGAGAUCCAACUCUGUCUGGAGCUUCCUCCUGAUUUCAAAGUUGUUGUCAAAGGAGAGAAGCAAAGUGAAUAUAAUGUCUGCUUCUUACCUCCUCUGGUGCUCAACUUUGAGCUUCCUGCAGAUUAUCCAUCUACAUCCUCACCAAUCUUCACUCUAAGCUCUAAAUGGGUGACCAGAGCACAGAUGAGCUCUCUGUGCAGACGCCUGGAUGAACUAUGGGAGGAGAACCAAGGCUGUGUGAUCCUUUUCACGUGGAUCCAGUUCCUCAAAGAGGAGGCUCUGGACUUUCUGUGCAUUCAGUCUCCUCUUGAAGUUAUCAGGGGAGGAAGUAAGGCAGGUUGCGAGCGCAGGAAAACCGACCCUGCAGCCACAGCUUUGACGAGUGGGAGUCAUUCUGAAAACACUGAGGAGAAGAAAAGUGAAAACGUAAAGAAGGAAAAGUCUGAACCACGGUUGUCGUCACCUUCUCAACUGGACCCGCGAGCUGUCUUGUUGAUGGACCCGCGUGCCGACCUCCUACCUCAGCUCCUGGACUUUGACGAGGCGCAGCGCCAGAGGGUGUUUGACAGCAAGGUGUUUUGCUGUGGGAUCUGCUUUGUAGAGAAGCUGGGCUCCAGCUGCCUCUGUUUUAAGGAGUGCCAGCAUGUUUACUGCAAGGCCUGCAUGACUGAAUACUUCCAGAUCCAAAUACGAGACGGCAACGUUCAGUGCCUUAAUUGCCCUGAGCCCAAAUGUACCUCCUUAGCCACACCGUUGCAGGUGAAGCAGCUGGUGGAUGAGGAGCUGUUUGCCCGUUACGACCGUUUGCUGCUCCAGUCCAGUCUGGACCUCAUGGCUGACGUGGUCUACUGUCCCCGCCAGUCCUGCGGCACCGCUGUUAUGGUGGAGCCAGACACAACCAUGGGCAUUUGCUCAGCCUGCCAGUAUGCUUUUUGCACACUGUGCAAGCUUGGCUAUCACGGCCUCUCCAACUGUAAAAUCCCAGCAGACGAAUUGCGUAACCUCAGAGAUGAGUACCUGUCAGCCACAUCUGAGGGGAAAAAGUUCAUGGAGCAACGCUUUGGGAAGAGGGUGAUCCAGAAAGCAGUGGAAGAGUCCUUUAGCAGAGACUGGCUCAAUGAAAACUGCAAAUGCUGCCCUCGCUGUGGAACCAAUAUACAGAAAGUGGAUGGCUGUAACAAGAUGACCUGUACCUCGUGUAGACAAUACUUCUGUUGGCUGUGCCUGGGCCUCCUCAGUAGAGUCAACCCAUACAGUCACUUUAACAACCCACACUCACCCUGUUACAACCAACUCUUCCAAGGUGUGGAUCUUGACGAAGAAGAUGCCUUCUGGAGUGAUGAAGAGGACUGACACCUGUGCAGUGCCUCAGCGCGAUAUGCUCCAUUUGAAUGCACUUUAACUCACUUAACCAUCACUUCACCCGUGACACACACUACGCCUGAAGUAGCACAACAGUGUCCCCUCGACCAUGUACCACGGUACCAUUGUUUAUGUUUUAACAUCAUUAGGCAUCUUGGGUUAUAAAACAUUCAAAGCCUGGAUGUAAAUCGAUCAUUAUUAAUAUACGACAGAUAUUAAAAUAUGACAGACAGUAUAUGAAGUAUGAGAUCAGGAAUGGCAAGAACAGUUGCUCUUAUGUCGAAAUAGAAACAGCUGUGGUCAUUCAGGUAACCUUAAAAAUACACUCUUUUGGUUAUGACCAUCAAAGAUACAUACUUGGAUAUGUGGUUAGUGACCAGCCAUACAGUACGUUUUUGAAACCCUUAAAAUAUGACAGUGUCAUAGGACUGAGCUUUUAAUUUUUAAAACUGUAAAAAUUGGUUGGAUUUGUCUUUUUUUUUUUUACAGUAGAUUAUGUCUACAGAUCUAAUUUCUCUCUUCUUAAUUGGACAUAGGUUUCAUUAUGAGUUUUAACACCUCGCAGGCUUACAACCCUUUAGCCACUGACUAAGUUAAGUUUGGUAAAUUGGAAGUGUUUACUUUUGAACUAUACCCUCGAGGUGUUGCAGGGAAAAGAGAGACUGAUUUUUUUGCCCUUCGUUGUCAUAUGAAGUGCCCUGCUCAUUAUAUUAAGUAUCUACCCUCUGGCUAGCAUUUUGUCACAUAUCAAAAGUAUGAUGGCCAACUUUUCUUUUGACCAACUGCAAUGAACAUCAGUGGAUGAUGAAGAGAAUUUCGUGAUCUAACCGACACACUUAAAUACAAUAAUGAUGCAGGUUUAAAAUAAUGGAGGUACAACUGGAGAUUUGUCACCUGGACAUAAUCGCAAAACAGAGGUUUGGUUUUUGUUUCUAUUUUAGGCUGUUUUGGUUGACUACCAGAAAGGGAACCUAAUAUCUCCCUCAGACAGACACAAUGUGCUAUGUACAGAGUGUGAUCUGUAGGUAAAAUUUUCAGGCUGGUGUCAUCUUUUCUGGGGAUGUAAUUUUUUUUCUUAUUUGAAAAUUAUGUUUAGAUUAGCUUUUUCUUGACAUUUACAGAAAUGUGUUUUUGCACAUCUUAUGGUAAAUGUCAAGCAGGUUCGGAAGAGGAUUUGUAUGAGAUUGGUUGUGGGGAAUGUAAUAAUGGAGGACACUGCAGUAAAUAUUUGUGACAGCAGAUCCUCUAAUUGGGUUACUGAGAUUGUGGUUAUGGUGAGGUAGAAAAGAAAUCCUCUCUUGGUGAACAGCAAAGAUAUUUAGGGAUGAUUUUGACUAGACUUAUUAACACCUUCCUUUGUACAACUGAUACUAUUAUGUUGCCAAAUAUUAACUUGAAAGUGAGGCCAUGAAAUCUUGAUCAUUUGAAGAUAUAAACAUUAUUUUGUAUAAUGUUAAUUUAUUUUAUUCAAAUUUGAUCAGAAGGAGGACUUUCUCAUGCAAGCAGUUCUGUUUGAAAUUGAACCCCACAUCAAAUCUGUUCUUUUUCAAUGUUGAAUGAUUUGCUUCUUAAGGCUUGAAAAGUGCAGAAUAUUCUCAGAAUUGACGCUGGUCUGCACUGGUAAAAAGACAAUCUCUUGUUCAGUCUUGAACUGCACAUGGAUUCACUUUUCCCGUCAAUGUAGACGCACCGUCACUUCAUGUCUCGUGUAAGAAACGUUUGAAUACACGACUCGCAGAAUCCUGUUAAAAUGCAUUCAACAUACUGUUCCUCACAAUAAAUGUUACCAUUUAA